CCGGAGGUUUAGGCUGAGGCAAGAUGGCGGCGCCGUUUUGCAGGGCGGCAGUGCUGCUCUUCUGUGGCGCCGCCCGGAGCCGUCCUUCCUGCCGUGGCCUCUCCGGGGCUUCCGGGCCGAGGUGGCGGCUCUUCGGGGCGCUUUGCUUGCAGAGGCUUCCCUUGCUGAGCCAGGCCCUGGGGCCUCAGGAAGAGGAGAUGGCCGGCCUCGUCCAGCAGAUUGAAGUGGAGAAAAGCCUCUAUUCAGACCACGAGAUACGUUGCUUGGCAGAGGAAGAGCGCCUGCGGAGAAGGAAAGACCAAAACGAGGACGAGGAGGACGAACCUGGGAAGGAGAUUGUUCUGGCACAAGACCUGGAAGACGCCUGGGAACAGAAACUCCGAAGCUUUAAACCUGCUUCUCGCACAACAGAUGCUGACAAAAACAAUGAUCGGACGUCGUUGAGCAGGAAACUGGACCAGAGUCUGCUCCUGCUGGUCAAGCAAAAGCUUGGAGACCAGGAGAUCUGGCUCUUGCCCCAAACAGAGUGGAAAGAUGGGGAGACACUGCGAGCCACAGCAGAACGGGCCUUGCUUGCCCUCUCAGGAAGCCCCGCCGGAGCCAAGUUUCUCGGGAAUGCCCCGUGCGGCGUUUACAAAUACAAGUUUCCCAAGGCGGUGCGGAUAGAGGGCAACGUAGGAGCCAAGGUGUUCUUCUUCAAAGCCUUCCUGCAGGACGGCCACCUGCCCUUGGAGAAGGAGAAAACGGACUAUGUUUGGGUCAGCAAAGGGGAGCUGGCAGAUUACUUGAAGCCUGAAUACCACUCCCAGGUUACUCGCUUCUUAGUGGACCUAUGAUUAUCUGGGCUGUGCCCCAGUGAGAAGAACACAGGACACAGUUUUGUAUCGCAAAAGAGAUUGCCGAGUGUGGCUUUUUUAUGCAUUUGUGGCAAAACCAUGUCUGGAACCAUGUCUGCUAAAUAAAAGAGUCUAAAACAUGACAAA